CCGAAGGCCGAUGCGUGCCUCUCUUUGCCCAUAUGCGAACCCCGGACGUUCGCCACUCGGCCCUUAGGUUGCGUCUUCUCCACCCGCGGCACAAAAUUAGAACCUGGCUCAGACGGACGCAUGAUGUUCUCUGCCGAGGCCGGCAUGGCGCUGAUUACCCCUCGGCCGAAUGGGCGCCCAUUUGGAUACACACGCAAGGACAGGUGGGUGGGCCGACCCGUAAUCUCUGUUAGGCAAGAGGGUAUAACUAUCGACAAUGCACACAAGUACUGUCGAUGAGGCUUCCGCCGUGAUUCCGACUAACCCACGUCACGUUACGUCAUUCCUCCCUCAUCUUUCAUCCCAGCUUGAAGGAGAGGAUCGGUCGGUGCUGGCCGCAUCGUAACUCCCCUCGCAUCACGUCCACGCUCGACAAAUCAUCAUGGACAGUCCUGUCAAUGAGAAACGACCACAGACAACGAGGAGCACUGUACUUCGCACGGUGAGCACGGCAGAGAAGAGCGACUUGGAGAGCGGGGACACACCUGAGCCUGAGCUGGAAAAGGUGCAGGUGGUGCCGCGUGCGGGGGGGAACAUAAGGGAAAAGGAUCUGGAGGAGUACAUCGAGACAACGAAGUGGAGGAGGAAAUGGUGGCAAGUAUGGAUGCCGAAGAACCCACCCCCACCCCCGCCUCCAUCCUUCCAAGACGCGACCAUCAUUCCCCUCGCUACUGCCAACUUCCUCAGCAUCCUCACAUACGCAUGGAUCUCCCCGCUCAUGACGCUCGGAUAUCAGCGGCCGCUGCAGGCGACCGACUUGUGGGCAAUGGACGACUCGCGCAAGAGCGAGCUGCUCUCCUCGAAGCUUACUGCUGCGUGGGAGCGCCGAGUUCGGGAUGCGGAGGAGUACAAUGCGCGUAUUGAUCGAGGGGAAAUACGUGUCACAUCAGCGAUGCGUCUCAAGAGCAAGCUUCUCAGUUGGCGAAGUGAGGACGCGACAGGGCGGAAGGUCGCUAGUCUCGCCUGGGCGCUGAACGACGUUUUCGGCAUCGGAUUUUGGGCCGGAGGGCUAUUCAAGGUCUUUGGAGAUACGGCACAGCUCAUGGCGCCCUUGUUGAGCAAAACGAUCGUGCGGAUGAUAGAGAGUCCUGAUCCGAGUAUCGGGCGCGGCGUGCCUAUGGCUAUCGGCCUCUUCCUCCUCACCGUCACCGCCUCCCUUUUCCAGCACCAGUUCUUCUUCCGCUCCAUGCAUACAGGCGUCAUGGCCCGCGCCGCGCUCACUACAGCGUUAUAUAAGCGCUCGCUCCAACUCUCCCCAGCAAGUCGGACCACCUACCCGAACGGCAAGCUCGUCAACUUCCUCAGCACCGACAUCUCCCGCAUCGACUACUGCGCACAAUGGUUCCACGCAGGUUGGACCGCCCCGAUCCAAGUCUCUAUCUGCCUUAUCAUCCUCUGCGUGCAGCUUGGCCCGAGCGCACUAGCAGGCUUCUGCAUCUUCCUCAUCCUCAUGCCUAUUCAGGAGCGGGCCAUGUCCUACCAACUCGGCGUGCGGAGGAAGAGCAUGGUCUGGGUCGACCGGCGUGCCAAGCUGCUCCAAGAGCUCUUGGGUGGGAUGCGGGUGAUCAAAGUCUUCUGCUAUGAGAUCCCCUUCCUGGAACGCGUCACGUCGAUAAGACAUGAAGAGUUGAAAGGGGUAUGGAAGAUCAGCAUCAUACGCGCCGCUAACCAAGCACUGGCAUUCUCCGUCCCUGUGCUUGCCGCUGUGCUCGCGUUCGUCACAUACUCCUUAACGGGACACGACCUAGACCCGGCAAUCAUCUUCGCCUGCAUGAGCCUGUUCCAGCUCCUCCGCCAACCGCUCAUGUUCCUCCCUCGUGCGCUGAGCGCUAUCACGGACGCGAGCAACGCCCUUGAACGGUUGAGAGGCGUCUUCAUGGCCGAAACGAUGGAUGGGGCAUUGACGAUCGACCCGGAUCUGAAGUGGGCCGUGAGGGUGGAACAUGCAGAGUUUAGGUGGGAGACGGUGUUCACUGGCGAGCAACAGGAGGACAAGGAAGGAUCUAAGAAGGGGAAGAAGAACAAGGCUGACCGGGAGCUGAAGGAGAAGGAGAAAGAGGUUGCUAAGGAUGGAGACAAGGAGCGACCACCUGAUGAGCCAUUCGCGUUACGCGAUGUGAACCUCUCUAUCCCCCGCGGACAGCUCGUUGCUAUCGUCGGCCCUGUCGGGGCAGGAAAGUCCUCCCUUCUCCAGGGCUUGCUGGGCGAGAUGCGCCGCACGAAGGGGACCGUCACCUUCGGCGGAGCGGUGGGUUACUGUGCCCAAACCGCUUGGAUCCAGAACGCCACGUUGAGGGAGAACGUACUCUUCGGUCAGAGCUGGGAUGAGGACCGGUACUGGAAGGCGAUCCACGAUGCGAGCCUUUUGGCGGACUUGGAGCAGCUCCCAGAUGGUGACCUUACCGAGAUUGGCGAGAAGGGAAUCAACCUCUCCGGAGGGCAGAAACAGCGCGUCAAUAUCGCCCGUGCGCUGUACUACGACGCGGACAUUGUUGCUCUCGACGACCCCCUCUCGGCCGUGGAUGCGCACGUCGGUCGGGCGCUCUUCGCCAAUGCUAUCCUCGGCGCCCUUAAGGCGCGCGGGAAGACGAUCAUACUCGUCACUCAUGCACUCCAUUUCCUUCCCCAGGUCGACUAUAUCUACACGUUCCAGGACGGUGUCAUCGCCGAACAGGGCACAUACGACCAGCUCGUCGCGUCCAAAGGCACCUUCUCCCGUCUUGCCAAGCAAUUUGCUGGUGAAGCGGAAGAGCAGCGCCGACGUGAAGAACUGGAGGAGGAGCGCGAGGCCGAAGAGGGAAAGCCGGCAGAGAAGAAGCCAGAGUUGACUACUGAGGCUGUCAGGCUGAAGAUGGAGAAGAUCGCUGUGGGCACAGCUGCCGGUACGGGAAAGCUCGAAGGUAGGCUCAUCCAAGCUGAGAAACGCAAAACGGGCUCUGUCGGUCGGCAAGUGUACGGCACGUACUUAUCCGCCGGAGGCGGGUGGACCAACUCGCUUAUGGUCCUCUUCCUGGGCUGCGCGAUGCAGGCCUGCUCUGUCAUGGCUACUUACUGGCUAGUCUGGUGGCAGGAGAACGAGUUCAACAAGGCGAACGGAUUCUAUAUGGGCUUGUAUGCCACACUCGGUGUCUCGCAGGCAUUCCUCACACUCGCUAUGGGGGCAGGCAUGACCUGGCUCUCGUACCUAGCCUCGGUGCGUCUGCACAAAGAAGCUGUUUUCAAAGUAUUCCACGCGCCUAUGGCGUUCUUCGAUACCACCCCGCUUGGUCGCAUCCUUGGCGUGUUGGGUAAGGACAUUGAUACCAUCGAUAACCUCCUCACUGAAUCCCUUCGUAUGUUUGCAAUGACCAUGUCCAACGUCCUGGGCACGAUCAUCAUUGUGACUGUUGUCACCCACUACUUCAUCGUAGCCGUUGCAGUUAUCCUUCUCGGCUACUUUUACUAUUUCUCUUACUAUACCACGUCGUCUCGUGAACUCAAACGACUCGACGCCAGCCUUCGUUCUCUCCUCUACGCACACUUUGCGGAAAGUUUGAGUGGCCUCGUUACGAUUCGCGCGUACCAAGAGACCCCCAAGUUCUUGAGUGACAACGAAUACUACACUGAUCUAGAGAAUCGUGCCCUCCUUCCGACCGUUGUGAAUCAGCGUUGGUUGGCUAUCCGCCUGGAUUUCCUCGGCGCACUCAUGAUUCUCGCUGUUGGUCUGAUGGCUGUCGUACAAGUAAACGGGAUCACACCUGCGCAGGCUGGUCUUGUCCUGUCUUAUAUGACUUCCCUUACUCAGGCAUUCAGUAUGAUGACUCGUCAGAGUGCUGAAGUCGAGAAUAACAUGAAUGCUGUGGAGCGUGUGGUCCACUACACAGCCGACGGAUACAUUGCACAGGAGGCAGCAUACCGCAUUCCGGACAGAGCACCUCUCGCAAACUGGCCGCAACAUGGUGCCGUGAAGAUGGAGACUGUCCGCCUACGGUAUCGCCCUGGUCUGGAUGAGGUUCUCAAGGGCGUUGAGUGGAACGUUCGUGCUGGGGAGAAAGUGGGUGUUGUGGGAAGAACCGGUGCUGGCAAAUCUUCCCUCCUCAUCGCACUCUUCCGGCUUGUUGAACUCUCCGGAGGGAAGAUUACCAUUGAUGGCUUGGACAUUGCCGAUAUGGGACUUCAAGAUCUCCGAGCGCGGCUGUCCAUUAUCCCGCAAGAUCCGCUGCUUUUCUCUGGAACAAUCCGGAGCAAUCUCGAUCCUUUUGGGCUUUACGAUGACGCGCGUCUGUGGGACGCUCUUCGUAGGUCGUACUUGGUAGAGAGCCCGGCUUUGCCAGUCUCAUCUGCAUCAUCCAUCACGGCAGCAUCGCUGCACGAGCCAACGCACGAGGACACUACGACACUGCUCGAAUCCAAGACGGACGACCCGCUCGAAUCGGCCGCGUCAGCGCGCUCACGUUUCCAUUUAGAGACGGUUGUUGACGCCGAGGGAUCUAAUCUUAGUGUCGGCGAGCGCAGCCUCGUCAGCCUUGCAAGAGCGCUCGUCCGUGAUGCCAAAAUCAUCGUCCUUGACGAGGCGACUGCAUCCGUAGACCUGGAAACAGACGAGAAGAUCCAGAAGGUGAUUCGGGAGGACUUCAAGGACCGGACACUUAUCACGAUUGCGCAUCGUUUGCGGACGAUUCUUUCAUAUGAUACCAUUCUCGUUAUGGACAAUGGCAUGGUCGCGGAACACGACACACCGCUGAACCUCUUCUUGCAGGAAGGUAGCAUUUUCAGAGGGAUGUGUGAGCGGAGCAAUAUCACGAGAGAGGAAAUUGAACGCGCAAAGGAUGCGUGA